UUUGUAGGGGCGUGGUAUCGUGGCAUUCUUUUAUACUGAUCAUGUGCUUUUGCAGAAAAAAUGGCUGGCUUGUAGCUACCAGGUGUUCUAGAGUCUUAGCUGAAGUCCCAAGCGCGAGGUAUCAACACUGUGUGGAGUAUGGAUCGCAUGUAUAGCACCAAUGACGACGAAAUAGCAGGCAAGCUGUUUGCUGCUUGUACCUCCGGAAACGUGCAAGCUCUCAAAGAUAUUAUCAGAAACGAAGCAUAUGCGGUCACCCUUAUCGAAACAACGAGGAAAUCUGACGAUGCAGCUGGCAAGAAAAUUGCCGAGAAAACUCUCAUUGCAGCGAUCAACAAGGGGCACUAUGAUGCAGCCAAAGUGUUACUAAAAGCCGGAGUGAGUCCGAAUAUUCCUACACAAGAGGGGACACCAUUGUACGUGGCGAUAAAGAGGGGGAACUUGGACAUGGUGCGACUGUUAUACGAAUAUCGGGCCGAUUUACUGGUGAAGGGACGAUUCAAUCCUCUAGUAGCUACGUGUAUCGACGGCAAGCUGACUAUUCUCAAGUACCUGGUUAAAGUGGGAGCAAAUCUGUUUGCUAUUGACAACCCACCGCUGGUUUUCACCGCAUGUGCUGCCGGGCAACUCGACGUUUUGAAGUACGUCAUGGAAGAAAUGGAGUAUGACAUCCAUCGAACAACAAGCGGCAAAGAUGCUCUUAAGACGGAUGGACAAGAUAGUCUCUUGUUCCAUGCCUGCCAGAGAAACAAGAUUGAGGUGGCCAGCUUUCUUGUCAAAAAUGGAGCCCUCAUCACAAGAACUAUUGCCAGUCGAUUCCCGAAAAUCAUCAAAGAUGUACUACAACAGAAAUUCCGGCCGUCAGGAAAAGCUGAGCCCAUUCAACUUUACUAUGCACGCCUCAAGGAGCUGGGUCUAGCUGAGAUACCGUGGGCUGUAUUUGCAGACUAUUCUAGUACUCUUGUGCGAAUUGAUCUUCGGUCAAACUUCCUAAGCCUACUUCCUGUCGAGUUGUUUCAGCUGCCUGUCCUAAAGUUACUGGACAUAUCGCACAAUCGCCUGCCAGAGAUCUGCCAAGAAGAAGAAAAGUGGACCUGUACGAAUCUGACUGAGUUUGAUGCCUCCCACAACCAGCUCACGUAUGUCCCCAGCAGUCUCUUCAAGAUGCCAGAGCUGUCUAACCUGCAGGUGGCUUACAAUCUGCUCUCCACUCUCCCUGGAGACCCAGAGGACCCUAGUGCUCAGAACGACACUUAUGAUGACUUCUGGCGCUGUGAAAAACUCAAGAAGCUGGAUGUGUCUCACAAUCGCAUCAGAGCACUACCAGAUUGCUUCUCUGACCUCAAGAGGCUGGGAACGCUGAGUGCUUCACACAACUAUCUCAAGGAGUUGCCUCAGUCCUGCAGCUGGGGUUGCAUCAAUCUGGUCCACCUAGAUGUGUCCAACAACAAGCUGGUAGACCUCCCUAUAGGAGCGGCCAACACGUGGAUGCAAUCACUGGAGCGUCUCUUCCUAUCGCACAACAAUAUUACCGAGAUCUCUCGAAACAUCACUGAGUUGACCCACUUAACCAUAUUGGAUCUAUCUCAUAACCGCAUCACCAGCCUCCCGCCUACCGCUAACUGGAGUGGAAACAGGCUGAACAAGUUGCACCUGUCGUUCAACCAGUUAACGCUUUUGACUCACCUUCCGUCAAAAGAGGAGGCGGCUGCCAAAGAGAAAGGAGAUCAACAACAUAAGUAUGCCAGUGUGUCAAUGAUUGGCAAUCUCUUGGGGAAUGUCAACAAGAGAGGUGCUAAGAAGACCAAGACUGGUGCCGUCCCCACAAGCCCCUCCCCUUUAGACCACCCCCUGGAGGAAACCCCUCGUGAACUGCCCACUGAGCUGUGGCGGUCAUGUCUCCAAUCCUUGUACCUACAAGGCAACCAGAUCAAGUUCCUGCCAGAUUAUGUGGGGGAACUGGACAGUCUAGCGAGGAUUGACAUCAGCGGGAACCCUGAUAUCACCAACCUCCCCCUCACACUUGGUCGACUACGCAACUGCUGGGAGCUCACUCUCAACGGACUCACAGUGAGAAAUGUCCCACAGCAUCUGUUGCCGGGCGUUGCUAGGGGAGGCUCCACCAAGCACCUGCUGGCGUACUUGAGAGCUCAGCUGCGACACUGUGUACCCUACAACAGGAUGAAGCUGAUGGCAGUCGGAUUACAGGGACGUGGCAAGACGACUCUGUUAUCUGUGCUGCGUAACCCUGGCUCGUCACUGCCCCCCAACGUGUCUACAGUGGGUGUGGUCGUAUCUGACUGGGUAGUCCACCCUCCAGCCAUACUCAAGAAAAGGGGAGGGGCAGGGGCGCCACAAAGGCACAACACGGAGGUGGUGUUCAGUAUCUGGGACAUGGCAGGACAGGAGGUGUACUACGCCACGCAUCAAUGCUUCCUCUCCAGGAACACCCUCUACCUCGUGGUGUGGAACAUGGAGGAGGGUGACGGGGGAAUAGACUAUCUGCGCCCGUGGUUACUCAACAUUCAGGCCCGAGCCCCCAAGUCCCCCAUCAUCAUAGUAGGCACUCACUUGGACAAGAUACCUCCACAGAAGAUAAAACCUCUUGUCGACCAUUUCAAAGCUCGUAUAAAAGAAUUGUACGCCAAGUCUGGCUACCCACACCUCUCUGGUAUCAUGAUGGUAUCUUGUGUGACGCAAGAAGGGAUCAAGGAUUUGAUCGAGCGGAUUCAUUACGCUGCCGUUAAUGCGGUGGACCCUGACACUAGGGACCACAUUAUCGGAGCACAGGUACCCUCCAGUUAUGUGGCUCUGCAGAAGAAGGUGUCAGAGGAAGUGAUGCGUUGUAGGGAGAAGGAGACUCCGCCCGUCCUCAAUCAGAUGGAAUUCUCUCGUUUGGCACAGACCCUUGAUGACAAUGACAUCACAGAUCCUGAGGAGCUGUCACUAGCUGCCCAGUUUCUCCAUGACAACGGGAUCUUGCUCCACUACAACGACCACCUACGUGGCCUCAACAACCUCUACUUCAUUGACCCAGUCUGGUUGGCUGACAUGUUAGCGGAGGUGGUCACAGUGCCAGAGAAGAACUCAUUCGUGCAUAACGGGAUGCUCAAGGAGUCCAACGUGGCGUUUAUUUUCAGAGACAAUCGUCGCUUCCCGAGCAAGUUCUUUCAUCAGUAUCUGCAGCUGCUAGAACGUUUUGAGAUAGCCCUGUCGCUAGGCAACGGUCUCCGGCUCGUACCAUCUAUGCUCCCCUUCCAACGACCUAUCAUGAACUUUGUUGGCCCCGAGCCAAUCGCACACGAACCCACGGACAGAGAGGAUGGGGGUGUGGCCAGAAGUGAGCUGAACACAUCUCAAGCGGGUACACCCACGGACCCUCAAAUAGUAGACGGGAUAGAGGUCAUAUCUCACCCCCUCACUUGUAUACGACGUCGUUACAAAAUGGCGUACGUACCGAGUGGAUUUUGGAGUCGUCUCAUCUCUCGGUUGAUGAUUAACCUCAAGAGGUCUGGCCUUGUUGAGAGUGAGGGGGCGGGUAAACACACACCCUCAAUGACGUACUGGAGACGAGGGAUACUAGUCGGGCACUCAACCGGCAAGUUUCUAGUGGAGGCCAUUCAAGCGGGGACCAAGAAAGAGAUGUUGGGAGUGGGGGUUGGUGACACCAUGCUCAAGGAGAAGCUAGCCUAUGUUGGUGAUGGAGUGGACACACUGUCUGACGGACCACAGGGCGUUGAUAUCAGGGUGUGGUCUAAUAACGGAGACUUCUCAGCCAUGGGCUAUGUUGUGGAUCAGCUAGACUCUCUUGUUGAUGAGUGGUUCCCUGGUCUUAACGAUAUAGAUGUGGAGGGAGAGUGGCUAGUUCAACGACAAGUCCUCUGGCCCAUCCCCUCCAAGCUCACAGCUAAGGGAGGGGAGAGCACUCAGCGAGGCAGCUGGGACCUCGCCAUUCCUGAGGAAGAGAGAGAAGAGAUGUACAUCUUCCCUCUUGAGAAGUGUGCGGCUGAGGCGUUGCUAGGGGAUAACAUUUUGUGUCCAGAAUACAAAGUUCGAGUUCCUCUUAGUUACCUCGUACCUGACCUCCUCCUCACUGACUUGCCCUCUGAACUCACUGUUGACCUUUCAGUGUUUGAGUUCAACCCAAGGGACCCGGCCACUCGUCUGGGCCAGGGUGGUGCGGGGGCGGUGUAUAAAGGACGUUAUCGUCACGAGGCGGUGGCUGUUAAAGAAUUCCUCACAGCCUCACAAGCCGAGCACCCGGAGGACACGGCUCAACGAUCACUACAAGAUGAUGAGCUCAUCUCUCAGGGGGAGGCACUAUUCCUCUUCAGGGACCUCCGCCAGGAAGUGACAGUUCUCGCCACCCUCAACCAUCCCAACAUAGUGUCCCUGCUGGCUGUCUCUGUUAGACCCAUGUGCAUGGUCAUAGAGCUAGCCCCAAUGGGUUCUCUCUUUGGCAUCCUCGACAAGAAAUUGGAGCUGAUCAAGGCAGCUCAGGCCGAGGCUGGGCGUGUCAUUGUGAGACUGCCUGGGGGCAUUCUGGGUCAUGAGAUAUCAGCCAAAGCCGCUCUCCAGGUUGCCAUGGCUCUCCGCUACCUCCACAAGCACGGGAUUGUGUACCGUGAUCUCAAGUCUGAUAAUGUUCUUGCCUGGUCACUGGAUCCCAACGAUGCCGUCAAUUUCAAACUUGCUGACUAUGGCAUUUCCAGAUUUGCCAACCCAGGUGGGGUCAAAGGUGAAGAGGGAACUCCCGGGUACUUGGCACCAGAAGCCAUACGUAGGAGAGGGGAGGAUCAAGCUUUUGAUGAGAAGGUGGAUAUCUUCUCAUAUGGUAUGCUCCUGUUUGAACUGCUGACUGGGCAACGACCGUUUGAGAACCUCACUACAACCCAGGAGUUGAACAAGGCUGUGCUGUCUGGGGACCGCCCUUCUCUGUACGAGGGAAAUGCUGAGCCAGCGUUCCCGGGAAUGGUGGACCUCAUGUUUGAUGCUUGGAAACAGUCGUCAGCUGAGAGGCCAACAGCUGAUGAGAUUGUGUCUCGGACAUGUGAGCCUGGCUUCCUCUGUCGCCAGCACACCAUCAUUCGCACGAGGGAACACAACCUGCAGAAGAUUGACACCAUGUACGCUCGUCCUGUACUAGCCGACGACAUUGAGUCAGGUAAGAAGAGCUAUGCCCUAUGGACGUGGGCCAAGCAAGACAUCGAGAGAAACUUCUCAAUCAUUGACGUACGGAGGGGUGUGUUCAAUCUGCCAGAGAAGCCAGCUGCCGGGGGGAGAGUCUACGCCAUGACUGCCACCGGAGAAGUGGAAAAGAGGAUCUGGAUUGGCACAGCUGAUUUUGGCAUCCAAGUGUACGGCUACAAGAACGUAGGAGACCCUCAGUGCCUGUGGACGUUCCACAUGAAGGACUCGGUACUGGCUCUGGACACGGAGGUGGAGGGGGGCAGGGUGAAGAGAGUGUUUGCCUCGCUGGCCAAUGGCACGCUGUGUGUAUUUGCACGCAAGAGUAUACAGCUGCAGCAAGACUCGAUCGGAGACGCCAAGUUUAUCCCCGAGGCGUGUACAAUCAGCUGUGACGAGGACCAGUUCCGUAAAGAAGCUGAGGAUUGGGCUGACCCUUUAAUAUUGCUCUUAGGAUUGAACCAGAAGGCGGCCAAGUGUAUGGUGUUUGUUGGGCAGAGUCAUCUCUGGUGUGGGUGUGGCAAUACUAUCACCGUUGUCGAUAUUGUACAAAUGAAAGUUGUCAAGAGCAUCCCCGUGUUUGUGAAGAGAAUGGCGCUUGUGAACGAGCUCGUUUCCAAUGACAACAAAGUGUGGGGUGUGGGUAGACAGCUGUCGUGUGUUAUGGAAUGGGACGCUAAUAACUUUAGCCUCCUCCAUGUAUUCAACUGCAAUGUUAUCGACCCAACUGAUGACAUCAUUAAAUCAGACCCAAAAGGGAUCGACGAUCUGUACGAUAGCGAAUCGAGACCGAUAGCUGCCUCUAUUUCAGACCCCCUAGGGGAAGACGUAAGAUCUCAGCUGUCCGGUUUCACAGUUGAGAACGACCCCAAGAGAGCAGCCCCCUUCUCGCAAAGCUCCACUCGUCGUACUCUUCGUGGAUUACAUCCUCGGAAACGUGUUGCUAAUAUGAAAGACGACGUUGAUGUCGGCCGGGCAAGGGUGACCACCACUCGUGAUUUAGUUCGUCACCGGCAGAAGGGUUCCACUCGAACGACCUCGCUACUGAUAAUGGGUAAGACACUCUGGGUUGCUCGGGGGAUGGGAGAUAUACUCGUAAUCGAUAUCGGAGGUAGUAGUGAAUCGCACGGUCGAGUGCUCACGCGUUUAGCCACCGAAGGAUGUGAGAAAUUUGGCAACAAGUCGUAUCACAAGCUCGUCUGCGUUGCCGGGGAGUACGUUGUUAGCUCUCAAUGGUUGGAGCCGGUGGAUAUUCGAUCGAGGGCGACUACGGUGAGUGGCGGCACACCCUCCACUCCAGACAUGCCUCGAGCAGCUGUCAGUCGUCAACGGGAGGACACGGAAACGAUGGCACAUCAGGCGAUCACAAUCUGGAGUGCCUGGAAUCACGAUGGUAUCAGUCAGUUUAUGAGCCGGAGAUCCGCUCAACUAAUGCAAGAAAUGGACGAUGCUGUUUAACAGUGCUAGUCAAGUGUGUGUGUGUGUGUGCUUAUGACAGUACCAUGUAGUUAGUAAGAACCAAUUAAUUUUAUACUAUAUCUUUGCUGCUUUUUUUACAGUUCUGUACACUUUAUGUUUGUUCAGAAAAUUGUGACAUUUACAUGCAAGAAUUUUGUAUGGCACUGA